CACAAAUCUCGCGAGAUUGAAAUGGGUGCAAGAAGUUGGAAAAUUUUACUUCCUCAUUGAAAUGUUGGCGACAUUUUUGGCCCAAACGUUUUCCGAACUUGAAAAUAAUAUUAGAUAGCUUGGAUCGUAGUUAGAAGAGAGGAUGGGGUGUGUCUUUGGCCAUGAACGGGAGAAAGAAAUUCCCCAACCGCCCUCACUGGCUGAUAUCGGCAGAGCUUCUAUUUCUGAAGGCAUUGCCCUUUCUACUUUACAGCCCACGAGUCCCGUGUCUCACAAUGACAUCACAAUCAGGGACCUGCCACCUGUACCACAACCCAAAGAGGCUAUCGUAUUUCGUGGAAUGUACGACUUUGAAGCCAUUAAUGAUGAUGAUUUGUCUUUCAAAAAAGGAGAUCUUCUAGAAAUAGACGAAUCUAGUCAAAUUGGUGAUUGGUGGGUUGCGACAAAUUUAAGGACAGGAAUGAAGGGUUAUGUUCCAAGCAACUAUGUGUGUAAAGAUGACAACUCACCUCAAGCACAAGAUUGGUGGUUCAACUUUGACAGAAAAGACUCGGAUAAAAUGCUGUUGUCUCCAGGAAACAAAGUUGGAACAUUUCUUGUCAGAGAAUCUACUGAUAAAUCGUCCUAUGUGUUGUCUGUACGUGAUGUGGACAACGCGAAGAAUGACCCAUGUGUGAAGCAUUACCGCGUGAGAACUAUGGAUCGAGGCGGCUACUACAUCAGUCCCAAGAGAACGUUCACCAGUCUAAUCAAGCUGAUUGAACACUACAAGAAAAAUUCUGAUGGGCUGUGUUGUAUGCUGACGGUGCCGUGUCCUCGACAACCGCCCAUGUUUCACUUCCGAGAACUGGAAGUCCCUCGCGAUAAAGUUAAGGUGCUUACAAAACUCGGUCAUGGUUGUUUUGGUGAAGUUUUUAAAGGGAAACUGAGAAAUGUAAUAGACUGUGCCAUUAAGACACUAAAACCCGGUACAAUGUCACCCGAUGCCUUCCUCGCUGAAGCAAAAAUCAUGCACAAACUACGGCACAGAAAACUUGUUCAGUUGUUGGCCGUGUGUACAGAGUCUGAGCCCAUCUUCAUUAUAACUGAACUCAUGUCAAACGGCGCUUUGUUAGAUUACCUCAGGAAGGACGAAGGUCGUGCCUUGACAUUCGCCAUCAUCGUCGAUAUGGCAUCCCAGAUUGCAGACGGCAUGGCUUUCCUAGAGUUAGAAAACUUUGUGCAUCGUGACUUACGAGCAGCUAAUAUCUUAGUAGGUGAUAAUAAUGAAGUCAAAGUGGCAGAUUUUGGACUGGCCAGGAUAUUGCAAGAAGAAGAUAUAUAUGAGGCCACGGAAAAUACAAAAUUUCCCAUAAAAUGGACUGCUCCAGAAGCAGCGUUGGAGAGAAAGUUUUCAAUCAAAUCUGACGUCUGGUCUUUUGGAGUCUUGUUGUAUGAACUGAUCACAUUUGGUCGAGUCCCAUAUCCAGGAAUGGGUGGUUCAGAAGUCUUGCACAAGGUGGACAAGGGAUUCCGAAUGCCUAAACCAAGUGGGCCAAUUGGUUACGAUGAUUCUUACUAUGAGAUCAUGCUCAAGUGCUGGCAGAGGAGGCCCGAGGAGCGUCCUACAUUUGCCUUCCUCCACGAUACAUUUGAUGAUUACAGUAAUGCCACCGCUUCCAACUACAGGGAGACUAAUGACAUGUGAUGGCCAUGACAUACAGUGCCACAGUGGUUGGCCAUGGCAUUUAGUGCCACAGUGGUUGGCCAUGGCAUUAUAUGGACAAGAGUUGAAGAAGCAACUUUAAAACAAAAUAGUACUAGUAAUAAACUUUCAAAAAGGAUACCCAAUGAACAAUAUACAAUUGUAACUAUACCCAAGCAACAUUAUACAACUGUGAUUGCACCUAAUGAAUAUUAUACAAUUGUAAUUACACCUGCUAAAAACACAUGCAAUAACGUUAUGCAGUUGUAACUACUACAUCUAAGGUAUGUUGCACAACUGUGGUGACAUCUAUAGGACAUAAUGUAGUUGUAGUUAGCCCUAAAGAUCAUUGUACAGUUAUAACCACAGCAGCCUAAAGAACAGUAUAUAAUUGUAGCUACAGUUGAGAUUACCUUUCUACAGAACAUUAAGCAGUUGCAGCUACCUUGAAAGAACAUUAUACAAUUGUUGCUACCCCUACGGAACAUUAUACAAUUGUUGCUACCCCUAUGGAACAUUAUACAAUUGUUGCUACCCCUAUGGAACAUUAUACAGUUGUUGCUAACUCUCUGAGACAUAGUUGUUUUACAUCCAAUAGCCGAUGAUUAAUAAACCAAUGUGCUCUAGUGGUGUCAUUAAACAAAACAAACUUUAAUUUUAUAUAGUUGUUGCUAACCCUAUAGAAAAUUAUACAGUUGUUUCUACUCUAUGGAACAUCAUACAGUUGUUGCUAGUUCCAUGGAACUUUAUACAGUUGUUGCUACCAUUGUGGAACGGUAUACAAUUGUUAAUCCUAUUAAACAUUAUGCAAUUGUUGCUACUCCUACAGAACAAUAUAUAUAAUUCUUGCUAACCCUAUGGACAAUUUUACAAUUGUUGAUACAAUUGUAGCUACUUUAGCCCUUUAGAUGAUCUUAGGGCUAAGAUUUUUUCAUGGAAAGGAGCCCUGGACUACAUUAACUUUCAUUUUUUACUUGUUCCAUCUGAAAUUGAGUUUGUCCCUCCCAUGUGUUAAGUAUUAUAUCUUACCAUUAACCAGUAAAAACAUCCUUUAGAUUGAAACAAAACUCUCAAUUAUAUCACAGCAUCAGAGUAAUAAUGAAUAAUAUAAGUUGUAGAAGCAUCACGAGGGGUAUAUGGCUUUUUAUGUACCAUCUAUGUGUUAUUUUACCACGAGCUGAAGGCGAGGGGGUAAAAGAGCACACAGAGGGUACAUAAAAAGCCAUAUACCCCGAGAGAUGCUUCUACAACGAAUUUAUCUUGCCGACAUGUUAAACCAUAUAGCCAAAUAAUCAAAA